AUGUUCAUAUACAUUAGAUAUGAGGAAAAAGACGUCAAAAUUCAAUGUAACCCAACUGAUGAUAUUAAAGAAAUCAGAGAAAAAAUAAAUGAAAAGGCAGGAGAAAAAUAUUCACCAGAAAAACAAAGACUAUUUUUUGGUGUCAAAGAAACUGUAGUAGCACAAGAGUCAUCAAAAGAAGACCAACCACAACAAAAUGGUCCAACUAAUAAUGAUAAAGACCAAACUACAAAUGGUAAUAAUAAUGAUGCUAUUACUACAGAAAGUUGUGGCAACACAAUUGAAGAAGAAUAUUAUUGUGAAAAAUGUAAUAAUAAUAAAAGAAAAAAGUGUAAAGAGUGCGGUUGUAAUCUUUGUGGAGGAAAGGACGACGAAGAAAAUACUAUUGUUUGUGAUGAAUGUCAAUAUUAUUAUCAUUUCAAUUGUUUGAAUCCUCCUUUGCAAUCUCUACCAGGAGGUGACUGGUUUUGUGACUCAUGUACAAAUGAUAACAGUAAGGUGAUACUGGCUGGUCAAAGGUUAGAUCUUAGCAAUUCCAAAAAAGCAAAAAUGCCUUCAGCUACACAAACAAGAAAAUGGGGUGGUGGUAUGGCUUGUGUUGGUACAACCAAAAAGUGUGAAGUGGUUGGCUCUGAUCAUUUUGGACCGAUACCUGGAAUCCCAGUUGGUUCAUCUUGGAAGUAUCGUGUUAGUUGUUCUGAAUCUGGAGUUCAUCGUCCGCCUGUUGCUGGCAUAGCAGGAAAAGCAAUUGUAGGUGCUGUUUCAAUUGUUCUCGGAGGCGGAUAUCCUGAAGACAAAGAUAAUGGUGAAGAGUUCACAUAUACUGGUAGUGGUGGAAGAGAUUUGAAAACUGGUAAUAAACGAGUCGCUAGUCAAACUAGCGAUCAAGAACUUACAAAACAAAACGAAGCACUUGCACGUACGUGUGACGCAAGUUUCAACAAUAAGACAGGCGCAGUAGCGAAAAAUUGGAAAAAUAGUAAACCAAUUAGAGUUUGUCGUACUGAAAAAUUGAAAAAACAUAACCCAAAAUAUGCACCAGAUGAAGGAGUUCGUUAUGAUGGAAUUUAUAAAAUUGUCAAGUAUUGGCCUGAAAAAGGAGCAUCUGGUUUUAUCGUUUGGAGAUAUCUUAUGCGACGUGAUGACAUUGAACCAGCUCCUUGGACUCCAGAAGGGAAAAAAAGAAUUGCCAGCUUAGGGUUGAAAAUGUAUAUACCAGAGGAAUGUAAGGAUACAAAUGAUAAAAAACGUGGUUUAACUCAAGAUAAUUUGAAUAAUCGCGUUUGGAAUAUUGUGUUAGGAACAGAAUAUGAAACCUUGGCCGAAUUGAUUUCAAGUCUUGUUGAAAAUCAUUUUAAAUGUCCAGUAUGUCAUGAGCUGGUGCAAGAUCCUGUUACUACACCAUGCACACAUAACGUUUGUAAGGAAUGUAUCACACAAUCUGUGAAUCACUAUGGUAGAAAAUGCCCAGAAUGCCGAACCGAAUUCAAGGAGGAUUUAAAAUUUACUAAAAAUCAAAAUUUGGUUGAUACGCUAAAAAGUAUUAUACCAACUUAUGGUAAAUAA